ACGCACACCUGUGGCCUGUGGGACGCCGGCGCGUGCCCAAAACAAGCAAGCAAAGAGCGCGGCAACGAGCGAGGGGGAUGGCGACCAUGGACAUGGAGGACGACGAGGACAUAUGGGCGAACACCACUAGCAGCCCCAGCGCCUCCCCGCCGCAGCCCGCGGCCUCCGCCUCCGCCUGCAGCUUCAUCUCCACGCAGCUCAGCCUCAACUCGCACCUCCAGCUCCUCUCCUCCGCGGCCGCGGCCGGCGCGCACGGCUCCCCGCCCUACUCCGUCGGCGACAACGGCAUCUUCACUGCGGGCGGCAUCCGCAACAACAUGGGCCUCGGCGGCGGCUCCCUCAAUGCCGCCGCGUCCCCGGCGUCCUUCGUCUCCUACAACCUCGACGCCGGCGCCGCCCGCGGAGCGCUCGAGCACGAGAUGCGCCUCCACCCCGCAGCGUCCGUCACUUGGGCUGGGGUCGGGGUCGGAGGUGCCGACCGCCGCAAGAAGCGCAUGAUCAAGAACCGCGAGUCCGCCGCGCGCUCCCGCGCGCGCAAGCAGGCCUACGUCCGCGAGCUCGAAAGGGAGGUGCAGCUCUUGCAGCAGGAGAAUGAGAGCCUCCGCGUCAAGUACGAGCAGCUGAGGGUGUCCGUGGAGGUGCCGGUGCUGGUGAAGAAGACGCUGCAGAGGAUGCCGUCCGCGCCAUUUUGAGGGCGACGAGUAGGUGAAGAUCGAAGCAGGUCUCUGAGUUCUUUUUUGGUGGUAAUCAGCAGUGAUUACAAGUGAUUAAUUAGUGAGUGCUCUACUACUACUACUACUACUCACGUAGCUCAUCAUAUGCCGAAGUCAGUAGAACGCUGCUACUAGCUCUACUAAGCUUGCCGUCCAUGUACAUAUAUCAAGUCUCAUGUUUAAUUUCCUCUAGGGCAUGCAGUAGUUUUUGCCUCAAUCUAUCGAUCUGUACAGUAGCAGGCAGCUGCAUAGAUAGCUGGAGGAGGCUGCCUUCCCCCUCCCCCCACCCCCACCAUGGUGGUGUCCUUACUCCUGCUGCUAUAUAUAUGUCUAUGGCUCUGAUGGGCAGGGCACUAACUCCGAGCUCCAACGAUGCAUAUUAAAAUAAAGUGCUUUAAGUUUAUAUUUUUA